AAUUGUGUCCUGCCACAUGGCUGUCUUCGACCAGGUUCUUCUUCCUUAUAAUUUUUCUGAUGAAAUUCUCACUCCUCCCUUGUCGUUCGUUUUUAAAGCACCAAUUAAUUGGUCAAUGUUUAUAACCUCUCUUUUCCUCCUUCUUCACCAUCAUCUUCUUCUUCAUCCAAUCCAUCGCAGCAAAAGAUGCUUCGCCCUAAUCUUCCUUUUCCUUUAAUCAUCACCUUCAUCUUCUGCUCAUGCUCGAUUCUUGAUGGCGUCGUUUCAGACCCACAGGCCAAUCUUUUGACCAGAGGAUGCAACCCGUACUACGAAUUUCUGGUGCCCAACGUCACCAUCUUCGGUGAAAAUAUAAACGCGACGUUGCGAGAUAUCAGAGAGCAGAUCAGUGACCAAAACAAGCACUUCGUCACAGCACAGCAAGCUGCCAAUGGUGGAAACACCGUCUCUACACUUUUUCAAUGUAGAAGCUAUCUCUCCACCGCCGACUGUGUCGCCUGCUUCGACAUGGCAGCCACUGACAUCCUCAGCUGUGCUGCCGGUGACCCUGGUGGCCGGGUUGUUUACGACGGCUGCUUCCUCAGGUACGACAUUAGUAGCGCGUUCUUUGGUGAUACAACACAGUCUAUCAACAGUGCAUCAUGUGGGAAUCAGACUACAACAGAUGAACCUGCUUCUGCAGUUACCUCAGCUGUUCAACAAAUUCUGAUGAAUCUCCAAACAGCAACCCCCACAAUCACUGGCUUCUCUGCUGCCACAAGGACGCAACUUCCUAAUAAUGGUUCAAUUAUUUAUGCAUUUGCUCAGUGUAUUGAGACUAUCGCACAAAGUAAGUGCGAGGAUUGCUUGGAUGCUCAGUACAAUAAUAUGCAGACUUGUCUUCCCAGUUCAGAUGGUAGGGCUUAUGCCAAUGGCUGCUUCUUGAGAUAUUCCAUCACUUCCUUCUUUCCUGAUAAUCAGACCAUUGAUAUUGCACCCUCCUCCAAGCAGCAAGGUUCAAGAAAUAAUAAGGGAGCCAUUAUAGGUGGUGUUGUUGGAAGCGUAGUAGCUCUUGCUUUGAUCUUUCUUGCAUUAUAUGUUUGGAUUAGACGAAUAAACGAACCUAAGAGGGUUCCUAGAGGUGAGAUAAUUGGAGGAAGCAAGUUGAAAGGCCCAACUAUUUAUAAUUAUACGGUCUUGAAGACUGCAACCAAGAAUUUCAGUGAAGAAAAUAAGCUGGGAGAAGGAGGGUUUGGUGUUGUAUAUAAGGGCACUUUGAAGAAUGGCAAAGGAAUUGCAGUGAAGAAAUUAACAUUUCGCCAGUUCAACAAGAUGGAGGAGGACUUUGAAAAUGAAGUGAAGCUUAUAAGUAAUGUUCAUCAUCGAAAUCUUGUUCGGCUCAUUGGAUAUUGUACUCAUGGCAAGAAUAGGAUCCUUGUUUAUGAAUACAUGAAAAAUAGCAGUCUUGACAUUUUCUUAUUUGGUAAAAUGAAAGGCCGCCUCAACUGGAAGCAACGAUAUGAUAUAAUUUUAGGCAUCGCAAGGGGUCUAGUCUACCUACAUGAGGAAUUCCACAUUUGUAUCAUACAUAGAGAUAUAAAACCUAACAAUGUUCUCUUGGAUGAUGAUCUUCAGCCAAAAAUUGCUGAUUUUGGAUUGGCAAGACUUCUACCAGAAGACAAGUCUCAUCUUAGCACCAAAUUUGCAGGAACAUUAGGAUACACAGCACCAGAGUAUAUAAUCCAUGGCCAAUUAUCCGAGAAGGCUGAUGUCUAUAGUUAUGGUGUUGUAAUCUUGGAGAUUAUUAGUGGCCAAGAAAGCAAGGCACUGGGAGUAUAUGGUGAUAUUGAAGGCGAAUUCCUCCUCCAAAAAGCUUGGAAGCUAUAUGGAAAAGGCAUGCAUGGGGAGCUAAUAGACAAGACCCUAGACCCUAUUGAUUAUGAUGUAGAAGAAGUAAAGAAAGUCAUUGAGGUUAGUUUGCUUUGCACCCAAGCAUCUGCUGAAAUAAGGCCAACAAUGUCCGAAGUUGUUGUCUUACUCCAAAACAAGGACUUGUUAGAGAAUAUGAAACCCACUAUGCCUGUCUUGAUUGAAACAAAUUAGAGCUUCCGCUUCUCCUAUUGCUUCCCCUUGUAUAUUACCGUCCGCAAUAUGCGAUGUAUAGGAAUCUGAAUUUAUGGGUGAUUUUGAGUUUUGAACACCAGAUAGAAAAAGUAAUGUGUAGAGGACGAAGGAGAAAACAGAAGAUGAUCGUCUUUCAUUCCAUUUUUUA